AUGUGUGCAGUUGGUGUACUUGAUUGUCAAGAUAUUACUGUGGGUGUAAUAUGGAAGGGCUUAGCCGAGAAAUUGAAGCAAAGAAAAUCACUGCGGUGUGUACCUCUUCAUGGUUACUUUAUCAAGCCAAGUAGCAUCCACAGCGGUCUGGGCCGCUGUGGAUGCUCUAAGGAUUUUAAAGAUAUAGAUUAUUUUGGCAUUAAUAAAUUUUCUGCUGUAGAAGACCAUAAGGAACAAAUAAAAAAGAGAUAUUCAACUACUUUGGGUUAUUUCUACAGCUAUGUCAUUACUUCGAAGCUCACUGCGAUGAGCGAUACAAGAAACACUGGUGGAUAA